GGAAGGGGGGAGCCGGCUGCCUGCUCCUGGGAGCCGUAGGAAAAGUGGACAGAGGGAUGCGGUGCUUGUGGAGAGGAGAGAGGCAGGCUCGCUGGAAGGCGGGAUGGAGGGAAUGAAUGGGCGAGACAGAGGCAGGGGCGUUUUGCAGGCUGGACCCUUGCGGCUUCCUCCUCGCCCCGUGCCCUGAAGUUUGGCGAGACUGGGAGGGAGGAAAGGGCCAGCGCGUGGCGGGAGGAGGCAGCGGUAGUAGACAAGGGUUUUAGAGCCUCUCUCUCGUGUUACGAUUCAGUUCAGCCUGUGAUUUCCAGGGCUCCGGACUCUGCCUCCACUGCUUGAGCGGAGGCCUCUCUGCGGAGCGGCGGCGGAGUGUUAAAAACAACUCAGAUUUGGAAGACUGAAUGGGAUAAACAUGAAGAGCCUGAAAGCAAAGUUCAGAAAGAGUGAUACCAACGAAUGGAAUAAGAAUGAUGAUCGGCUGCUGCAAGCUGUGGAGAAUGGAGAUUCAGAGAAAGUGGCUUCACUGCUGGGGAAAAAGGGAGCCAGUGCCAUCAAACAGGAUAGUGAGGGCAAAACUGCCUUUCACCUGGCUGCUGCAAAAGGACAUGCUGAAUGCCUCAGAAUUAUGAUGACACAUGGUGUGGAUGUCACGGCACAAGAUGGUACAGGGCACACUGCUUUACAUCUGGCAGUAAAGAAUAGCCACCUUGAUUGCAUCAAGAGGCUUCUCCAGUCUAAAUGCCCUGCAGACAGUGUUGACAACUGUGGGAAAACAGCUUUACAUUAUGCAGCUUCGCAUGGAUGCCUUCAAGUAGUUCAACUUCUAUGUGAACACAAAUGCCCAAAUAAUGUUAAAGAUUUGGAUGGGAAUAUACCCUUAUUGCUCACAGUACAAAGUGGCCAUGCUGAAGUGUGUAGACAUCUUCUGGAUCAUGGAGCAGACAUCAAUUCCAGGGACAAAAAUGGAAGAACUGCUUUGAUGCUGGCUUGUGAAGCUGGAAGCCUUAACAUCGUGGAAGCCUUGAUUAGAAAGGGUGCCGACUUCAGCCUUGUAGAUUCCCUCGGACACGAUGCCCUACAUUACUCAAAGCUUUCUGAGAACACAGGGAUUCAGAGCCUUCUGCUGUCAAAGAUCUCUCAGGAUGCCGAUACAAAGUCACCAACAAAGCCAAAGCAGCAUGAUCAAGCCUCUAAAUUAAGUUCAGAAAGAAGUGGAACUCCAAAAAAACGCAAAGCCCCGCCUCCUCCUAUCAGUUCUAUCCAGUUUACUGAUUCAUCCUCUCCACGUUCAGCAACCUCAACUCCAAUUGCUGGAAAAGGACAGGCAUUCUUCACUGAACAAGAAUGCAAGGAAGAGAUCAGCUCUAUUCAGCGAGAUAAUAAGGAUCGACUAAGUGACAGCACUACAGGUGCUGAUAGCUUACUGGAUAUCAGUUCUGAAACUGACCAGCAAGAUCUGCUUGUAUUGUUGCAAGCAAAAAUUGCUUCUUUAACACUACACAAUAAGGAGUUACAAGACAAAUUACAGGAAAAAGCAGUCAGAGAUGCAGAAAUGGAUUCUACCCUAGAUUCCUAUCAUUCCACCCAAACGGAGUUUGAUCAGUCAGUGGACAGACAAAGCAAAACCUCAGCUCAGGAGCUAAAAUCAUCCUCAUUAAAUGCAACACAAAGUCAAGAGAAGUCAGCAAGCAACAAUGAGGUAAAAAUUAAGCGUCUGCAAGAAGAUUUAAAGGAUAUACAGAGGAAAUUAGAAGAUUCAGAAGCAAAAAGAAAGUAUUUAGAGACCCAACUUCAAUCCAGAGUCCCAGAAACAAUUCAUUUAAAUAGUGAAGAUAUUUCAGAAAACGGCUCUGAUCUUAGCCAGAAACUUAAAGAAACCCAGUGCUGCUAUGAAGAAGCUAUAAAAGAGGUUUUGAGUGUACAAAAGCAGAUGAAAUUAGGACUUGUUGCUUCUGAAAGCAAAGAUACUUACUCGGAUGUCCAUGAACUGAAGGUUACAUGUGAGGAAAUUGAAGUGCUAAAGCAAGAACUCAGGAAAGCAUUGGAGGAAAGUGAAAGGUAUAAAGAGAAAGUGAGAGAGUUACAGGAAAAACUCAAAGAAGGAGAGCAGAACGUUGCUAGCAAAAUGUCUGUAGAAGAAUGUGAGGAAAUAAAAAAUUCAUACUGUUCAAUAAUUGAGAACAUUAACCAAGAGAAAGCUUUGCUGAUUGAGAGAUACAAAGAAGGACAAGGAGAGAUACAAAGGCUACAAGACAAGUUAAAUCAGAUGCAGUUGGAAUCCAGUGAUGAAUCUCAGGAGAUGAAAGAAGCAAAGAAUAGAAUGAUAGAUGACCUCCACAGACAAGUUAGUGAGCUGUCUCAGUUGUACAAAGAAGCACAAACAGAACUUGAAGAUUACAAGAAGAGGAAAGCAUUAGAAGAUGGAGCUUUGGAAUACAUCCCUAAAGAUGAGCAUGAAAAACUGAUGCAGGUAACAAAUUCAUUGAAAGAUAAAGCUGAAGAUGCAUUAUCAGACAUGAAGUCCCAGUACACACAGGUAUUAAAUGAAGCCACACAGCUCAAGCAACUGAUAGAUAAUCAGAAACAAAAUUCUGUACCAGUUGCUGAACAUCUUGAGGUGAUAAACACUCUCAGAAGUACAGCAAAGGAAAUGGAGGAAGAAAUAAAUGAACUUAAAGAAGAGCUUAUGAACAAGGAAAUUGAGAUAAGAAAUCUUCAGAAGGAAUUGUUGGAAGAAAAAGCUGCAAUUAAUGAAGCAAUGGUGCCUAGAGCUUCAUAUGAAGAACUCCAGUCGUCGUUAAAAGGUGAAGUUAAUAGUUUGUCAUCCAAACUGAAGGAUUUAAUUAAAGAGAAAGAGAAUAUGUCCUUAGAUGCUGCACAACUGAGAAAUGAAGUUUUGCAAAUAAAAGGGGAAAAAGAAGGAAUUCAAACACUGCUUGAGGCCAAGGAGAAAGAAAUAAAUGGUCUUCACCGUAAGUACCAUCAAGCUCAAGAAGAUCUUCUUGACAUGAAAAGAAGUGCUGAAAACGCCUCAAAGUUAGAAGAAGAUAAAGAUAGAAAGAUCCAUGAGAUGUCCAAGGAAGUUGGCAAGUUAAAAGAAGCAUUGAACAGCCUUUCUCAGCUUUCCUAUUCAACCAGUGCACCCAAAAGACAAAGCCAACAGCUGGAGGCAUUACAACAACAAGUGAAACAAUUACAAAAUCAAAUAGCUGAGACAAAGAAACAGCAUCAGGAGAUUGUAUCAGUUUACAGAAUGCAUCUUCUCUACGCUGUGCAGGGUCAAAUGGAUGAAGAUGUCCAGAAAGUGCUUAAACAAAUUUUAACAAUGUGCAAAAGCCAGUCACAAAAAAAGUGAAACUGUUUGUAUUAAUUCCUACCAUACUGCCAUGGUGUGUAGCUACACUCACCUUAACAGAAAAUUUAAAAUUGGCAACCUGCUGCUGCUUUUUUUUUUUUUUUUUUUUAAGUGAGCUGGAUUUGUCUUUGUCACACUUCCCGUUCAUUCUAUGUACUGUGACCUAAUGCAUCUGCACAUCUUUUCCCUUCCCACAAAUUUAGUACUGUUUUCAUAUCUAAAAUUCAAGUAUAUUUCAGAGUUAUUACUUUAGCUACCCCAGAUGUGAACUGUGGUCCAUGGUGUUGUGUUGUGCUUCCCAGUUUCCUCCUUCAACAUGGAGAUACUUUCAUUGAGGGUGACAAGUCCCAGCAUGCAGUGCUCCAUCUUGACACGAAUAGUCACACCUGCUGAGUAAAGGUGAAUUCUCCAUUCUGAGUUCUACUCCUGGAUAUUGAAGAGGAGUUGGGGUGUUCUAAUCUGCUCUGUAUUUUGGCCCUCCAGCUCUUGGCAUCUUGCCAGAUGUGACCUUUGGUUGGGGCAAACUUCAUUCACCCGUGUAGUAAUGAACAAUAGCAUGUAUUUGUGCAGAAUUUUGCUUAGUGAGUCAGCGCAUCAAGCAACUGAACUUGCCUGUAAUUUGUUUUAGAUUUAACAAGAUCAAUAUCGAUUUACAUUUUACUAUGCCCAUUGUACACUGAGUAUGUAAAAUCCAUGCCAACAUCUGAUAGUUAAUUGCAUUGUCUCAAUGUUGGACAUAAUCAUUUAUAGUGCAACAAAAACCCAUUUAGAAUGUAAAACCAUAAAUCACGUGAGCCUCAAAGUUCUGUACAAAAUAACCCUUUUUAAUAGGUCAAACUAUGCAAAUAUUCACACUGCUGUUAGCCAUGGACCUCAGGAAAAAAUAAUACAUAUGCUUCAAACAAGGGAUUCUCGUGAAUGCAGGAUGUUUACAGUGAGCAAUGAUGCCUCACCGUUCCUAACCUCUCUUUUGUAAAGAUUUUCUCUUCAAUAUAUUUUUAUUGGCCCUCCAAUGAAAUUUUUUUUGUAACUAACCAUUUUGCUACAUGACGUUUGCAUUAAACUAUAAUAAAUAUUUUAGGUAACCAUGUUUGACUCUUUUUACCCAAAGUAUUCAGCUAGACUAGAGUAAAGCAUAGUGAAGUAUUCUCAGCUCAGAAAAAACUAAAAUAGAUCUGUCAGCAUAUCCAAGAGCAUUCAAAUGUAAAUGACAAUUCAUCCUGGUUCAUCAAAUGUGGGAGUACAUGAUACAUAUGUGCUGUUAUUGAACAAUAAUUUCUACAAGUUUCUUGGACAAGAGGGGCAUCAUUGAAACCUUUGUUUUUAAGAAUUAAAAGUAGACUUGGAAAUGUUUCAUGUGGUAUAAUGACUAUAUAGUAGAGAACUAUGGAAGUAUAUUUCUAAGAGCACAGUACAUUUAAGGGUUAAAACCAUUUUAGUUUGCUGUUUCACUUAUGGCAUUGGUUUUAUUCCUGUCGAUGGAGAUGUUUCCAGAGCUACAUAAUCUAUGAAAUUUAUAAACUCCUAAUUUGACAGAAUCUGUUGUGCCUCAGGCUUUUACUGGAUAUUUAGUGCACUUACAUUAGAUAAUUUCUAACAAUGACAAAGCUCAAAAGGAUUAAAAACUUUGCAGCAGGCCUUUGUUAUUUUUCUUAGGUUGUUUGUUUAAUGCCUGCUAAUUUUGGACAGUAUUUUAUAGUUAGACAAUUUGGAAAAUACUCCAAAGAAAUGUGAAAGGACUUAUUUUCUGCAGCACUUAAAAAUGUCAAGCAUGCAAAUGCUGCAAAGUUUAAAACUUGAUGAACCAUUUUAUAAGUUGCUGUUCAGAUUUAGUCUUAUACCUUGUUUUGUUAUGCAUAUUUAUUACAAUUAUCUUUGUGAAAUAUUGAAAAUUAUACACUAUAGCAUAGCAUUUGUUCUUGUAUGUAAUUUACAAAAUGUUUCCUUAUGCAGCAAAUAAACUAUUUCCAUUUUUUCA